GUUCCGGUUCAGUUGUGUGGAGAGAAAACGAGCCGGUUUGAACCGUUUGAACGGAGGUCGUUAACGUGGUUUGUCCUGGAGUUGAGGCGUGGGCUGCGGUCAACAGUAACCCGGAAUAAAGACUCGAAACAGAAAGAACCAGUUGGAGUCAUUACCAUCUCUUUAAAACUAUUAAAUGAAUGCUGUGGCAGCUAUCUCGCCGCGGCGGCGCGGCAGGGAACAUAACACUGUGAUUGGUUGGUGAACGCUACAGUAACCCCCAGUAACCCGUCCCUUAGGCGCUUUUGUAGCCCAAGCAGAGACGCCCGAGGCUGGCUGGACCCUGCUCCUCAAGUUGGCACACACGUGCACCACGCACAAGAAGCCUGCACACUUUCUCCAGGUGCGCUCUGCUGAAGACCGCAGGGCGGGUAUUGGGAUUGGGCCGUUGUAAGGAGAAAAGUCCGACCCGAACGGAACCGUUCUAGUUCAGUACCUGAGAUACCCGUUCAGGAAUGCACCCUAGUCUGCUGAGGCCCGGCCCACGUGUGGCGGUUCGGAGGGUCCGGAAUAUUCUGGGCUGUUUGGGGUUACGAGACAGCUGGGUUCGGAGGGGACAUGGGAUCCAACUCCUCAGCACCUCGUCCUCAGGUGACACGGUGGAGAUAGGGGACGUCCGUUACAAACUGAAACCCUCCCAGAACCCAGAACUCGUUCCACUGAAACACCUUUCAGACUCGCUGCCACAGACCGUGGCCCAGCACCUCAGAUGGAUCAUGCAGAAAGAUCUUCUGGGCCAAGAUGUGUUCCUCAUUGGACCUCCGGGACCGCUGAGGCGAUCCAUAGCCAUGCAGUACCUUGAGCUGACCAAGAGGGAAGUGGAGUAUUUGACUCUGUCCAGGGACACCACAGAAACGGACCUAAAGCAGAGGAGAGAGAUCCGCUCUGGGACGGCCUUCUACGUAGACCAGUGUGCUGUCAGAGCAGCGACGCAAGGCCGAGUCCUGGUCCUGGAGGGGCUGGAGAAGGCAGAGAGGAAUGUUCUUCCUAUCCUCAACAACCUCCUGGAGAACCGAGAGAUGCAGCUGGAGGAUGGACGCUUCCUGAUGUCAGCUGAGCGUUAUGACAAGCUGCUGCAGGAGCACACCAAAGAGGAACUGGACAGCUGGAAGAUUGUCCGCGUGAGCGAGGACUUUUGGGUCAUUGCUCUUGGUCUUCCUGUUCCCAAAUACAAGGGUAACCCACUGGAUCCUCCUCUUCGCUCUCGCUUCCAGGCCAAAGACAUCUACUAUCUCCCUUUCAAGGAGCAGUUGGACAUCUUGUACUCUGCAGGACCAAACGUUGCUGCUGAGAGGGUGUCCCAGCUGCUGUCCCUCGCCACCACUCUCUGCACCCAGCAAUCCUCCAGCCUUGGCCUCCCAGACUUUCCUGUGGACAACUUGGUUCCUGCUCUCCAAGUUCUGGAUAUGUUCCCCAUGCUGUCCUCCCAGCAGCUGCUCCACAGACUGUACCCCUACAGGAGCAUUGUGGGAAAGGAUGGGUGUGCAGCAGUGGAGGGCUUGUUGAGUAGAUUUGAGCUUCUGGAUGGCCAGCAGAAGUCAGCUGUCAGUACCGUUGUCGACGUGUCCAGGACAGAAGAAGACCUGGCAGAUGUCACGCUGCGGGUUGGUGUGAAGGACAUCACCUUCCAGGUUCCAGUGGGUAGCAGAAAGCUGCGUGGACCCAACAGGAGCCGAACCUUCAUCAGCACGCCAAGCCAUGCCCAAUUGCUGGCUGACAUGAUGCAGUCUCACAUGGUGAAAGACAUGUGUCUGAUCGGAGCCAAGGGCUGUGGAAAGUCUGUGAUUGCUAGAGAGUUUGCUGAGCUGUUGGGUUACAGCAUAGAACCAGUUAUGCUCUACCAGGACAUGACAGCCAGGGACCUUCUCCAGCAAAGAUACACCCUCCCCAAUGGAGACACAGCCUGGAGGCCGUCCCCGCUGGUGUCUGCUGCCAUCCAGGGCAAACUGCUGGUCCUAGAUGGGAUCCACAGGGUCAACUUGGGAACACUGGCUGUGCUCUCCAGGCUGCUCCAUGACCGAGAAUUGGACCUGUAUGAUGGGACUAGACUACUGAGGUGGGACCGGUACCAGAAUCUGAAGGAGAAGCUGCAAUUCAGUGACCAACAAAUGCACGACAGGUCGAUCCACCCCAUUCACCCAUCCUUCAGGGUUUUGGGUCUUGCAGAACCCCCAGCUAUUGGUACCACAUCACUCAGCAGUAGCAGCAGUCAGCAGUGGCUGGGCCCUGAGCUGCUCACCAUGUUCCUUUACCACACAGUUUCACCAAUGUCCAAAUCAGAGGAGAUGGACCUCAUAAAGGGACUGAUUCAUAAUGUUCCAACAGAAGCUGCAGAGAAACUUUUGGACCUUGUGCACCAUCUGCGCCAGACCGGUGACCCCAUAGCCCAGUCUCUGGCUUCGUCUCUGUCCACCAGACAGCUGCUGAGGAUCUGCAAGCGCCUGUCCCAGUAUCCUGAUGAGAGCAUUGCUCAGGCUGUCCAUAAAGCUUGUCUCUCCAGGUUCUUGCCAAGCUUGGCUCGGGCCUCUCUGGAGAAAAGCCUCUCUAGCUGCUCCAUCCAGGACUCACCGGAUGCUGCUGAACUCACGCAUGAUUAUUGCUGUGGAGUCCAUGAUGGUGUCCUGACCAUUGGUAAAGUCACAACUUCGGUCUACAGCCCUGACCAAAAGAUCAAGGUUCCAGAUGUCCUCUUCUAUGAUAAUCCCCAGCACAUGAUGGUGAUGGAGGAUAUGUUGAAGGACUUUUUGUUAGGAGAACACCUCCUCUUGGUGGGAAACCAGGGUGUGGGUAAAAACAAAAUAGUGGAUCGGUUUCUGCACCUUCUCAACAGGCCAAGGGAGUACCUGCAGCUCCACAGAGACACAACGGUCCAGACUCUAACCCUGCAGCCCUCGCUGAGGGACGGCGUUAUUGUGUACGAAGACUCUCCUCUGGUGAAAGCCGUGAAGCUGGGACAUGUCCUUGUGGUGGACGAGGCCGACAAAGCUCCCACUAAUGUCACCUGCAUCCUCAAAGCCCUGGUGGAGAGCGGAGAGAUGAUCUUGGCUGAUGGUCGCAGGAUCGUCUCAGAUCCAGGUGAGGCUGAGGGGAGACCCGGUACCAUCUGCAUGCACCCAGACUUCAGGAUGCUGGUCCUUGCUAACAGACCCGGGUUCCCCUUCCUUGGAAAUGACUUCUUUGGAUCAUUAGGAGCUAUAUUUAGCUGCCGGGCUGUGGACAACCCAAAGCCUCAGGCUGAGCUGGCCAUGCUGAAGCAGUACGGACCGGAUGUUCCUGAUGCCACGCUGCACAAACUGGUGGCUGCGUUUGGAGAGCUGAGGUCCAUGGCUGAUCAGGGAACCAUCUACUACCCCUACUCCACCAGAGAAGUGGUCAACAUUGUCAAACACCUCCAGAGAUUUCCCAGCGAGGGUCUGGCCAACGUGGUGAGGAACGUCUUUGACUUUGACUCAUACAACAAGGACAUGCGGGAGGUUCUGACUGAGGUUCUACACAAGCACGGGAUCCCCUUUGGAGCCAAGCCCACUUCGGUCCAGCUGGCUAAGGAGUUGCCGUUGCCUGAUGUCAAGCUUACAGGAUACUGGUCCUUAAAAGAAGAUAAAAACGCUCGCUGCAAACUACUCUGCCCCACAGAAACACGCCCUCUACUCGUCAAGGGUCCUGUGUUUUUGCGUGUUCAGAGGUUUCCCUGUGAAAGGCAGGAGAGCCGAGCGUUGAGCUUCACUGAGGAAAAAGCUCAUUGGCAGAUUCCUAUGAAGGACGUUAACAUCAUCUGUGAUGUCAUCUGCACAAACGACUCUGUUCUUGUGGCCACAUGUAACCCAGUGUGCCUCUACUCGAUGAAGGAGUUGGGGGACAGUAUUCAGUGUCUGGAACUGUAUGACGUCUUUCCCAGAACCAUCAGUGGAGUCUGGCAGCCCUUUGUGACCAUCGCUCCUCUGGGUAGUCCUCUGGAUGGACAGGUGGUGCUGCAUGAGGAACAGAGUAACACCAUCCUCCACUUGGACCUGGUAACCGGCGCUGUACGAAGGCUUGUGUUGACCCCAGACGGUGAUUCAGGUCCUUCCAGAACCCCAAGCUGGUGGAGCACUAAGAAUCCUCAGCAAGGAUACAAGAUGUGUCGAGAAUUUGCCCAUAAAAACUGGCUUCUGUUCUACGUGGAGGACGGCAACCAGCUGGAGCUUCUGGAUGUUCUAGAAGGUCACGUUCAGUCCAUCUCUCUCCCCAUCAACCUGAAGGCAGUUUUCUUGGUGGCAGAGGACUGCUGGCUGCUGCUAGAGAGCAACACCAACAGGAAGUUUCUUCUCACCAAGCCAAAGCACAUCGCAGCAGAACAUACUCAAGUAUGUCAGCUUCACAGCAUCAGUGAGGACACGGUCAGCUGUGGUGACGAAGCCAGCUCAGAGCUUUCUACACUCCAGAUGGUGUCGGUGGAGCAGCUACCCAGUGAGAACCUCAGUGUGGCUCUGGGUCAGAAGAUCGUCUCCCCAAACCGCCUGCUGGUGAACCCCAGCUCCUUCGCUCAGAUUGUGGUGGGCUUUCCGGACCUCAUGUCCUCUAACCAGGUCUACAGCUUCAGGAGACCUUAUGACCUGUCAGACAUGAAAAGCAGCGAGGCAGGAUCUCACAUGUUCUUAAGAGGAAGAGUUCAAAGUGGAGCAGCAAAACGGGAGAAUUGUGUCACUCUGCUCUCAGCCAAUCAGGUGGUCCGAGCCCUUCCCUCCAGCAAGGUGCCUCUGAAAGACGUGUACUCUAAAGAUGCCACUCCCCCUAUGACAUCAGCGUACCUGGAGGUUACAGAUCUCACAUCAAAGAAACUCAAAUACAUCCCAGUUCCCAGGUCUAGGACGAUGUCCCCCUACACCAACUGGCUGUCCAAAGUGUCUGAGUGUGAUGUUCUAGUCGCUGCUCUUGGUUCUGGAGGCGUGGUCACGGUGGACGUGGGGGGCUGUGUCCGGCUCUGGGAGACAGGACUGGACACCCUGCAGCAGUCUCUGAUGGAGUGGCGGAAUAUGAUUGGUACUGAGGACGGCAGACCGGUACAGAUUACAAUCAAGAGGGACAGCGGUCUGGAUGUAUCUGCCCCCAAACAUGGCAAGACUGACCCACUGAAUGCUCCUCAUGUAGGGGGCAACCAGUGGGCCGGAGGCACAGGGGGCAGAGACACUGCAGGGCUGGGAGGCAAAGGGGGUCCCUACAGGCUUGAUUCAGGUCACAAGGUCUACCAGGUCUCCCAGACUGAGAAGGAUUCUGUCCCAGAGGAAGUACGCAGAGCUGCUCGUGAGAUGGCUGAGAAGGCCUUCAAAGACAGGCUGAAGGAGAUAGACAUGAGCGAGUAUGAUGCUUCUACAUAUGAGCGGUUCUCCAGCGCGGUCAGCAGACAGGUCCAGUCUCUUCGUAUCAUCCUGGACAGCUUACAGGCUAAAGGGAAGGAGCGCCAAUGGCUGAAGAACCAGGCACUGGGAGAACUGGAUGACGCUAAAAUCAUUGAUGGUCUAACAGGAGAAAAAGCUAUUUAUAAACGCAGAGGAGAGCUGGACCCAGAGCUGGGCAGUCCGCAGCAGAAACCCAAGCGUUUGCGUGUGCUGGCUGACGUGUCUGGUAGCAUGUACCGCUUCAACGGGGUGGACAGUCGUUUGGAGCGCUCCAUGGAAGCUGUGUGCAUGGUGAUGGAGGCUUUGGAGAACUAUGAGCACAAGUUCAAGUAUGACAUAGUGGGGCAUUCUGGAGAUGGCUAUGACAUUGAGCUGGUCACAGCAAACAAAGUACCCAAGAAUAACAAGCAGAGACUCAAAGUUCUCCAGACCAUGCAUGCCCACUCCCAGUUCUGCAUGAGCGGGGACUACACCCUGGAAGCCACAGAGGCCAGCAUCAAGGAGCUGGCCCGAGAGGAGGCUGACGAGCACUUUGUGGUGGUUUUGAGCGAUGCCAACUUGGAGCGAUAUGGAAUCCAACCUGAGCGCUUUUCCCAGGCGUUGAUGUUGGACCCAAAAGUCAACGCCUUCGCCAUUUUCAUUGGCUCUCUGGGUGACCAGGCUGAAAGACUCCAGAGGACCCUUCCAGCAGGAAGAUCCUUUGUUGCCAUGGACACCAAGCACAUCCCACAAAUUUUGCAGCAGAUCUUCACAUCCACAGUGCUGUCCAGUGCCUGAAACCAGCAAAACCUGAAACCUCCUCCAAUGGGUUUAGAACUUUACUUUUUGGUAGAGAUUCAUGAUCCAGCUAGACCACACCUAGUAAACGUGUUGUCUGGAGCUCUUUUUAAACCGUUCAAGGCUGGAACUGAUCCCAUCAGUCUUACACACACACACACACACACACACACACACACACACACGCACGCACGCACACACACACACACACACCUCCAGCUGUGUAACUACUGUUUAAAACCCAUAAGCUUGAAUAUUGGAGUCUGUUGUUUUUACCGGACAUCAUUGGUGCAGCCACCAACGCCUCAGCGUUGAUAGAGCCGAUGCUUCAUGGUGAUUCAGUUAUGGAGACAUAUAGUCUCAACAAUAAACUAACUCAGCACACUAAG